CUUACGUACUUUUCUGUCGUAGUCCAAAUGAAAUGGGUCCUUUAGCGCCGAAAAUCUUACUUGGGAAUUAAAUUGAGUCUCCAGGAUCAGCUGUGGUUGGCGUCUUGUUCUGAUAAACAAGUAAUGAACCUCAGAAACAGAUGAAGAAUGGAGGGAAUCCUAUACAAGUGGACAAAUUACAUAAGUGGUUGGCAGCCUCGCUGGUUUGUACUGGAAGGAGGGACUUUGUCCUACUAUGACUCCCAAGAAGAUUCCUGGAAAGGAUGCAAGGGCAGCAUCAAAAUUUCAGUGUGUGAAAUACAAGUCCACUCCUCUGACUUCACACGUGUUGACCUGACCAUCCCUGGAGAACAGUACUUCUACCUCAGAGCCAUCAACGCAGCGGAGAGGCAGAAAUGGCUGGUCGCCUUGGGAUCUGCAAAGGCCUGCCUCACAGACAACCGAACCAAGAGAGAGAAAGAGCACCAGGAGAACACAGAGGCUCUGAAGACCAAGAUGUCAGAGUUGAGGCUGUACUGUGACCUUCUCCUCCAGCAAGUCAACCAGAUCAAGGACAGUGAGGAGACUGAGGAGCCAGGGGAGAACUCUGGCACCAUGGUGAAGUCUACAUGCACCACCUUCCUCAAGACGUUGGAGGAGUGCAUGCUGAUCGCCAACCGCACCUUCAGCUCAGACCAGGCCACAAAGACCCCGCCCGGGUCACCUCCCGUGGCCACCAUCAAACCCCAGAAGGUCAAACCUGUCAAUCAAUCAAAUCAGGAAAAACAGAGGGAGUUAAAAGAAAUCUCAGGAGGAUCUGUAGCCCAUGACAACCAGAUCCUUGACUCUGGAGCAGACGGACCAGACCAGCUAGACGGACCAGACACACUCCCUGAGAGAACCACCCAAACACCCCCAACAGAGAAUAGCCCAGCCGGCGGGGACCACCAGGACCCAGAGGAGUCUGUAGUGGAGGAGGAAGAGGAGGAGGCCGCUCCCCAAACCACCCCUGAUCCAGAACACACUGACCAACCAGCACAGGAAGAGGAGGAAUUCAAAGAGUUGGAGCAGGAAAUGAGCAAUGCCCAAGAAGAAGAGAAACAGGAAGUGACCCAGGACCAACAGGAAACUGUCACUGACCAAGAGGAAGCCAAGCCGGAGGAAGAAGAGAGAGAAGAAGAGGAGACAGAACAGGUGGACACAUUCUUCAAUACGAUGAGUCACAGAUUCAGUGAUAUAAGACUGGUUGAAGACAGUGGUAUCCCUACACAAGCCUUUUUGGACUCAUGCUAUGCAAUAGUGCCUGUAUUAGACAAACUAGGAUCCACAGUAUUUGCGCCAGUUAAAAUGGAUUUUACAGGCAACAUCAAGAAGAUCCACCAGAAGCUGUCGUCGGACCCAGGCAGCUUCCCCACACUACAGACCAUAGUGCUCCACGAGGUGCAGACCGGCGUGGCCCGCGUCCGCAACUCAGCCACCGAGGCCCUGCUGUGGCUCAAACGAGGACUCAAGUUCCUCAAGGAGUUCCUGUCCCAGGUCAACUCUGGGGAAAGGGAUAUCCCCGGAGCGCUGGGUAAUGCUUAUGGACGGAGUCUACGGCAGUAUCAUGGAUGGGUCGUGCGAGGUGUAUUUGCUCUGGCCCUCCGAGCAGCACCAUCCUACAGCAGCUUUGCGGCGGCCCUGGUGUCAAGAGAGGGGGAUGAACUGAAAGAAGGAUUCAACACAGGCAUGCACCGGGACCUGGGGGUCUACCUGCCUGCCAUGGAGAAACAACUGGCCAUCCUGGAUGCCCUGUAUGAAGAAUACAAUCUGGAGUCAGAUGAGGUAGUCUGAGACGAGUUCCCUACUGGUGGUCUGAGACUGACUGGGACACAUUACCAGAGGAGGAGGAGGAGAGUUCUCUGAGACUGACUGGGACACAUUACCAGAGGAGGAGGAGAGUUCUCUGAGACUGACUGGGACACAUUACCAGAGGAGGAGGAGGAGAGUUCUCUGAGACUGACUGGGACACAUUACCAGAGGAGGAGGAGGAGAGUUCUCUGAGACUGACUGGGACACAUUACCAGAGGAGGAGGAGGAGAGUUCCCUGAGACUGACUGGGACACAUUACCAGAGGAGGAGGAGGAGAGUUCCCUGAGACUGACUGGGACACAUUACCAGAGGAGGAGGAGAGUUCUCUGAGACUGACUGGGACACAUUACCAGAGGAGGAGAGUUCUCUGAGACUCCGACCAUCUGGGAUACACUGACAAAGGAGGAGGACAGGAGGGAGAGGAGAGAGCCCCCUGGAGGUGUGGGCUUGGUUGGUUGGCUCCCCAAGAACAGGGUUGAGCCCCAGGGAGCAUGCUCACUAGAUUAGCCAAUCAGAGCCAUCCGGAGGAUUGAGGAGCGUGAGUGAGUGUGAGCAUGCCCGGUGUAAAAUGAGAUGUCUGUAAUACCAGGUGUUGUCUCCCUCCUAACUCUGGCACAAUGCAAUCUACAUAGGUCUAAUGGCUGUAGAGGGGCUAGGCUUUGGAGGGAGGACUUUUUCAGGUUUUAAUUCUAGUGGUUCAGGCUCAGUACUUCCAAUUACAAAGGGUGCCCUGUUUUACAAACUCUAACCUUGGUGGAGUUGAAUGGUGGUCUUCUGACUGAGCACGUCCUGACGAUGGAUGCACUCUUCACUCCGUUAUAGUGGCUUUGACUGUACUUGAUGUAGUGUACAGUACUUUAGACUUAGGCUCUUUUCCUCUGGUGACAUCCAUGAUGAAGAGGUGCACCGUUGGUUGCUGAGAAUGCACAAAUAUGAACUUUUACUUUAAAUUGAGGCUGAUAUUAUUAUUAUUGAUAUAAUUAUUGCCAUCAUUAUUUGACAGCAUACUGUACAUAGGCUGUAUGUAAUGAACUGCCUACAACACUGAGGAGUAUAAUGUAGCGGUCCUAGUAUUGAUCCCUGAUGAACUCCAUACAGCACCAACCGCCUCCACAACCACCUCCAGCCUCCACAACCGCCUCCACAACCGCCUCCACAACCACCUCCAGCCUCCACAACCGCCUCCACAACCACCUCCAGCCUCCACAACCACCUCCAGCCUCCACAACCACCUCCAGCCUCCACAACCACUCAUUCUCUCUCUCAUUAUGUCUCAUCUACAAACCUAUUGUUUACCAAGUGACAUUAACUUAACAUGAGUAAAAUACUAGUUCAUGUUAUCUUUUUCUUAAUAAUUUAAAUGUAGUCUUUAUGAGUAACUCAUGGACAUUUACAUCCAUAUAGAACAUGGUUUAUUGCAUGAUUUAAUGUAUAGGGUUAGACUGAGGUGCCAACUGAAGUGGAAUAUACAGCCAGACCUUGAUUCAAAAUAUAUUAACGUUUUGAAUGUUACUAAAUGUAUUAACAAUCAUGAUGGAUAGAUUGUUAAUUAAUGUCUUCUAUUACCUGGCUUUCCUCUCUGUGACUGAUGGCCUAACUGAUGGUGUAGGUUGACAAUAAUACAACAGUGAUUAUCACAGAGGCAGUCUAACUCUGGACAUGAAUUCAGUCUUUGUUUAUAGAUGCACUGAGCCAUUUGGACAAAGCAGGAACAUCUGACCAAUAGGCCCAUCGCGUGAAACCCAACAUUCAACAGUAUUUUCCUGUUCGUUGAGUUUAUAGGGACAAACGGUAACAAUGAUGAGCAUUCUCACCAGUGGCUAGAUCGAAGAUGUGCAAUAGGCUGAUUAGUUUUUUGUGAAUCAUUUCUAGUGUUAAUGUUAUUGCUAUGCUAUUGUAUCUUACAAUUUCAGAUAGAACACAUUUUAUACGAAUGUACAUAAGAUGGCAUUUUUACAUAUGUAUUAAACUUGAUGAAAUCA